GGCGGGCGCGGACUGAGGAAGGGGAGGUGAGCGGACUAGGCGAUACGGCCGCUGGGUGCGGGGGCGGGCCUGCCCUGGAGCAUGGUAAACUUGACAAGUGACAAAAGAUGGCAUCCUACUUAGCAAAAGAAGUUCAGCUUGCUAGAAGACAUGAAGAGAUACUGUCUCAGAGAUCAGUAUUGCUACAGCAGAUGGAGAAUCAUCUAGGAAACAAGGAGACUGAAAAGACAUGGCAAGCACAAGCAGCUGAUGCAGCUUAUAAAAGAAAUGCAGCACUUUUAAAUGAUAUUGAAGCUGUAGAAAAGAAACUGCAAGCAAGAGCACAUCAACUUCCACAUCCUGAUAUUGUUAAGUUAGAAACUGUCUAUUGGGCAUCAGUUGAAGAAUCUCUUCCCAAGUGGGAGCAGUUUCUGUUAGGAAGAGCACAAACUCCUGUUGGUUUUAAGAAAAUGAAUCCUAUAAAACAGAACCAAUACGACCAACUAGCAACCAGCCCAGUAAAAACAUCAACACCUGCUGAAACGUAUUCCUGGUUAGACACUCCUGACCACACUAUGCAAGGUGGGAGCCACAGCUUUGAAGCUCUGAGUUGAUGCGGACACCUAGCAACUGCUACAGCCUCAACCCUUCCUAGAUUUUUCUGAAAUUCUCAUUACGUGCUGCUUUUCAUCUCAGAACAGUUUAUCUGGGAAGUUUGGUACAAAGCUGGAAAGGGAAAUAUAAAGUUACAGAAGUGCCUUGAGACUUUGCCUGAAGCUCACUUUUGGGAAAGUUCCUUUUUUUGAUUCAUAAUGUUUCCAACCUGGCUUAACCUAGAAAUUCCAGUGCAUCUGGAGUUCAGUAGUUUGGGUUAGUGGAGACAAAGAUAUACACUAUGAACACAAUAAUUAACAUAGCUUGUGGUAUCUUACACUAAGGUAAGCAGCAAAAAAGGUUAAUAUUGGGGAUUACACAAGGUUAUAAAGUGGAGCCUUUAGCAGAUUGAGGAAGGGGUCUGGGGAGGAAGUGUUUGCCAAAGGGAAGAGCUUGGAAAAGGAUUCUGUUUUGAAGAAAUCUGGUAGGUUACAGUCUUGGAGGAGGUUGUUCUUUUCCCCUUCUCUCAGCUAAAGAAAGCUUACGCUAUCUUUUAUUUGGGGGGAGGGGGGAAAUGGGAUGGGGUGCUGGAACAGACUGAAGAAAACCCCAAUUUUGAUUCCUUGGAUGUAAGGCUGGCAUAGAGAAAUACCCUUCCCAGAGGUGUCUGUUUCUCUAGUCUUUAAACAGCAGGCUAUGGCAUAUUUGGGGAAAGAGGGGAGCAUUCUGCUAGUGGCUACAGCCUCAUCUAGCGCUGCUGCUGUGUGCGUACAGAGCGCCGAGAUCUCUGCUCUGAACUGAAUUAUGUGCAGGGAAGACGAGGUGAACUGGGGCAGGUGACAAAGGAAAGGAAGUGAUCAGCAUGGAGUUGUGCUACCUGGCUGAGGAAGAGGGGCCUCUGGGGAAGGAACGAAGGGGAUGUUCUUAGCGAGCAAGAGACUACUUGGAUUGAAGGAAAUGUAAGUGGCUUGAGGGUGUAAAAGGCUGGGGGGAUGGAAGUGGGUUGGAAAAGGCAAAGCCCCCUGCUCCAUGUUAAUCUUCCAAGUGUUUAAAACAUUCAGCGUGUGGUAUGUCCCUCUUCUCACUUGGCAAAUCUGCAGGAAGAGAGCCCUGCUCUGAUGGGUCUCACCGAACUAGCUGAGCAGAAGGCUCCUCCUAGGGACCUAACACACCCACCCAACUGAAAUGUCUGGUCUCCGCUCAGAAAACCUGAGAACUGCAAAAACAAAAAUCCGUUGAAAAGAUUCCAACAUGGAAACGUUUCAGUGGAGUCCACAUACCACCCACGGUUCCCUUCUCUACAGAAAUGUGACGCACUUGAUAGCCUUCUAUUAAUGACCUGUUCUAUAGCCAGUUCUCACUCUUGUUAAAACCCUGGAGAAAUGCAGUGAAGAAUGUGUUCUAUAGGAGGGCAGGAGAGAGAGAGUUUGCAUGCAUGCAUGUAUGCACAUGUUGGCAGUAUGGUAAGGAGAGGCGCAGAGAUGUGUGUUCUCAGUCUGCGCGAUCUGUUCUUGAGAGGUGCCUGGAAGGGCUCAGAAAAUGAAGGGUGAAAGUGAAAAUGUAGGCAGAAGAGAGCAGUGGGUGAAAAGAGCAUUACAUGAAGGAAUUGCAGCGUAGGAAGGAGAAGUACUGUCUAUCAGAAACCAGUUAAGAAAACAGAGCAGGAAUAAAUGGUUACUUUCAGCAAGGGAGUGGAAUACCUGAAAUUUCUGUUCUGGAUCGGUCCCGUUUGAUAUAUAUUAAUGGUCCCAAAAAGGGUAUGCAUCGUAAAGCAGAGAAGGUGAGGGAUAAUAGAGUUAUUGAAGCAAGGGGGCUGGGGCGGACGCGAACGGACGGCAUCGUGGCAGGCGGAAUUCCAUAUUGACAAACACAAAGUGACACGCAUCGGAAGGCCCCAUCCGUGCUGAAUUUUGCCGACAACUCUGUUUCUCUCUCUCUCCCUUUCCCCUAAAAUGUUAAGAACUAAACUCACAGUGGGCACUUCAGAGGAGGAUUGAAAUGUCGGUGCAGGUGGCCUGGAGAAAAUCUCUGUGCAGGGUGGGCAAAUGUUGGGGAAUGUAUAGAAUGAGAUUGAAAAUGCCACAGUGAAAACCCACAGUGCAUUCUCCUCCUUUGAUUCUGCUAACCAUUUCUGUAAAAAAAAAAAAAAAAAAGAGAGAGAGAGAGCACAAGGAGAGUUCAGAGGUGGAUGGUGAAAAAAACAUGAAUGGAGACCCCGUGAAUGCUAAUAUUAGCCCAGGGCUCUUGACAGUGAUCAGUACCAGAACUUUCUUGAGACGAUGCGAGAACCCACUAGUAGGGAACUACAGAAUAUUUUUCCCAUAGAACAAGGUUCUUCCUAUCUUCCCUAAAUCUGAGGCCAGCAUCAGAUAAGUUUGCACCAGUCUGGUUGAAUCCUCCCCAUGCAAAAAUGCAGCAGCUCUUUCAAGUUACACAGUACAUAGGAAUCCUGAUGGAAGUCUGGUGCCCUUGGUGGCUGUCAGGAGCGAGGAUUUCACCCCCAAAAUCCUAGCACUGGAGCACUGUCAGUAUGCAACCCGCAAACAGAUUCUCAAAACGUUAAUAUUACUGUAAAAUCAUUAGGUUAAUUUAUCAGACCCCUGUCGGGUGGUAUCUGGGGAGAAAAAGACACCCAGAAACAAAAACCUGUAAAUAUUUAAGCCCACUUUUAUUAUUUUUCCAAACGCUCCUUAAGAAACUGUUUACACACAGACUUAAACUGGAUAAGUGAAAGUGAUGCAAACAUCUUUGUCUGUGGACACGUGGUUCAGAAAUGGCUUGUAUCAAUUUAGCCCUGUAUUGACUUAAGCUAAAUUGCUAAGCCACUUCUAAACCAAA